UAUACCUUCUAUAAAUUACUGGAAUUUGAUUAUACGCGGAUUUUCAAUAUGGAAGCUAAAAAAAAGCUUAGUGGUUCAGGAUAUAGAAAGCAAGCAAAAAUUAAAAAAUUAAAACACGAUGCAUUAAUUAAGAAUUGUAGAAAAUUAGAUAGUAUGUUCAAGCCAUCGAAUAAUUCAAAUACAGAUGAUAAACUGGAGAUGUUAAACCAAGGUACACAAAUACAAAUGAACCCAGAUUAUUCAAAUGUAAACAGUUCUGAACAGUACAAACCUACAAAAAGUAGUGGUUAUAUUGAGACAGAAAAUACAGAUGAUGAACUAGAUAUGUUAAACCAAGAUACACAAAUACAAAUGAACCCAGAUUAUUCAAAUAUAAACAGUUCUGAACAGCACAAUCCUAUGACAAGUAGUGGAAAUAUUGUGACAGAAAAUACAGAUGAUAAACUAGAGAUGUUAAAUCAAGAUACACAAAUACAAAUAUACCCAGAUUAUUCAAAUGUAAACAGUUCUGAACAACACAAACUUACAAAAAGUAGUGGUUAUAUUAAGACAGAAAAUAGUAUUUCUGAGAUAAAUACUGAUAUAUUGUCAUCUAAGAAUAAUGAAACUGCUGAUGUUUUGUUUGAGCCUACUGAUAUUCCUCGAUGUGAUCCUGCUUUAUGGAAAAUAAACGAGUUCACUAUAGAAUAUAUUUGUAUAAAUGGAUUUUCUCAAGAUUUAAAUGAUUUAAAUUUUACCAAGUCUAAACGAGCAUAUACAAAACUUCACAAAAAAACUACCAAAACCUACUAUAGAUUUUGCAAUAAAAACUAUUGGAAUACAAGACUAACUAAUGGUGAUUCAAUUAAACGUAAUUUCAUUGCAUACUCAGAAAGAUUUUCAAACUGGAAAAGAGCUGAAGAGCUCAUAUCACAACAUGAAAAUUCUUUAAAACAUCGUUCAAAUAUUCUAGCAAUGAAAAAUCGAGGACAAACACAUCAAAGAAUUGAUCAACAAAUAAUACAACAAAUUGAAAAUGAACGUAUGUAUUGGAUCAAUGUUUUAAAAAGAGUUGUGGCAAUUGUUAAAACAUUGGCAUCAAGAGGUUUAGCAUUCAGAGGACAUACUUCAAAAAUUGGAUGUCCACGUAAUGGAAAUUUUAUGAUGGCACUUGAGUUAUUAGCUGAAUUUGACCCUUUUAUAUCAAACCAUAUUUCCAAAAAUGGUAAUCCCGGUAAAGGUCAUACUUCAUAUUUAUCAUAUUAUAUUUAUGAGCAAUUUAUUUUAUUAAUGUCUAAAAAAGUAGAAAAUACUAUUAUUCAAGAUGUCAAUACUUCACGAUAUUUUUCAAUUAGUGUUGAUUCAACGCCAGAUAUUACCCACACUGAUCAACUUUCUUUAGUUGUACGAUUUGUUGAUGAGAGUGGUAAUGUAUUUGAGCGUUUUUUAUGUUUUAUGAAUAAUGUUGGACAUAAAUCAGAAGAUAUGGCUGAAGCAGUGAUAACAAUUCUGAAUAAGUAA